GGAUAAAACUCAAACACUAUUAACAGUUAUAUUUUCAGAGGUAAAAUUUUGCCUGCAUAAACAGGUGCUUCACCGCACAUGCGUCUCAGAUUGCAGAGGGUUUAGUCCAAAGGUCAUCAACUUUAGCGAUUCAAAGACAUCUCAAAACUAAGUCUAUGGAGGAAGCACUCUCUGCCGACAUCAUGACACAUGUCAUAAUUUUUAGCGAUUUUCCGAUUUGAAAUGGAAGGUGAUAUCAAGGACAUGGCCUAUUUUUUUUGAAUAGGUUUUUUUUUAUGUACUCACUAUUUACCCUGCCAGGGUUCAGAAUUUGGAGAUUGAAACAAAAUUGAGUUUGGGCGGUGGUCAAGGCAUCCUUACGCGUGUGCAUGGAAAUUCUAUAUUGGCAACAAAGUCGCCAUUGAGAAAAUUGCACGUCUUUUUUGUGUCGAGUCUAACUCUUUUUUUGUCCCUUUACCCCUAAGAACGACUUUAGGAUUCCCUUAGUGCAUAGCAUAUUUUGGGUAUGUAACCAGCUUAAAUAGGCACUCAUAAGGCUUACCAUAUCAAUAUUUCUGUGGGUGAGUGUGUCUGGAUGUACAUUUGAUGAUAGUUGUUUGAAAUAUCUGAAAAUUAGUCAACCUCUAUGCUCCAUUGGUAUAUGUGGGAUGGGGGAGUAUACACACAGACCUGUAACGGUGCGUAGGUAAUAAUCUUACAGUAUGUACCUUCUCCCUACAUCUGAAUAAAGUCGUAGAAUUUCUUUGAUUUGGUCAUCACAUUUAGAUGGUGUAUAGGGUAUAUUCGCAUAUGUUUAGUCUCUUAAAAUUAAACUUUGCUCCUUUGGAUACGGUUUUCCUAUGAAUAACUCUGUGAUUGGAACUAAGUAGUAUUAAAGCGAAACUAACCACUGUACAAAUUUUUAUGCAUAAGGAGAAUAUUAAAAUAUUUAAAAAAUGACUCGCCAAGCCGAUGCACAAAGGUCGAUGAAUAAGCUGUCUGGUAACGGACAGGUAGAAAAAGUUGUUGAGCUUCGUUCCUACGACGCCGAGGCGGUGCAAGUCCGAAUGGCAAAACUACGUGCAGAAGUCGCACAGAAGAAGUUAGCUGAGUUGAAGAAAGUUGAGGAACUUUCAGAUGUCCGCGUGGACGACGCGGACGUGAAACUUUUCGCGACCGAGAUGUGUCUCCGCGAAGACGUUGCUCGCCAUAAGUUGCAAGAGAAGGGAGGAGAUUUAGUGGCUGUGCUACGUGAGGCUGUGAAUCUCCCCAAGAUACGAUUUUAACAGGUAUUAGAUGUACAGACACCGAUCGAUACGCGCCGCAUCAUCCUUAAACGGUGAACAUUCGUUUUGCUGUCGCCACUCCUUGCCUCCUUUUCCCAGCCUACCAAAUGGGUCUAUUUGGGCACUUCUGUUGUCAUAUUCAUGCUUCUAAAUUUGAAAAACAGGAAUACCAACAAAGAAUUCAAUGUAGUAAUUCCCCACAUAUAGGAUUUCUAAUCUAAGAUAUUUGAAACUGGGUUCUAAUUACACUAAA